AAUUUUAUGGAAAUCUCUUUUGAUUUCGAUCUUAAAUUAUUUCAACAAAUAGGUCAUGGAGCAUUUAGUUAAGUUUUUCUUGGAGAAUACGAAUCUCAAAAGGUAGCAAUAAAAGUACUCUUUUCUUUCAAUUAAACAGGUAAUGGAUCCUAUAUACAUGGAAUAAUUUAAAAAGGAAGUUGAAAUUUUGGAGUCCAUUCAUCAUCCAAGUUUUGCUAAAUACUAUUAUGUAAAAUAUAGUAUUUUAUUAAAAGAGUAAAGAGACUGAAGAUUCUCUAUACAUUGUAUAAGAAUAUUUGGAGGGCAAAACACUGACAUAAUUGAUAAAAACUGUUGAUAUGGAAGAAUCUCAUAUAAAAUAGAUUGUUAUUGAAUUACUUAAUUCAGUAUCCUAUUUACAUUCUCGAGAUAUUAUACAUAGAGACAUCAAACCAGGUAUUUAAUCUGUUUUCAAUAGAUAAUAUAAUUAUUACAAAUGAAGGUGUUGUUAAACUUAUUGAUUUUGGUCUUAGUUCCCAUUCAGAAUCUAAAUUAUCAUAUGAUAAAUGUGGAACCCUCUUGUUUAUGGCUCCUGAAAUGAUAUUUAAAUAACCAUAUCUUAAAUCUGUAGACAUUUGGAGUUGUGGAAUUAUUGCUUAUCAAUUAAUAAAUAAAAAGCAUCCAUUUUGGGAUUCAUCAGAAUCUACUUCUACAUUUAUUUAAAGAAUUUAAUAAUUCAAUCCUAAUUUCUAUGAAAUGAAUGAUUAUUAAAGAUCAUUUUUUUUAAAAUGUGCUGCUUAUUCACCUGAAGCAAGAAUGAAUGCCAAUCAAGCUUUAUAUCAUCCUUGGUUAUCAGGAAAAGGAGAAUUAUGGUAACCUAUUACAAUGGCAGAUAUGAAAAUACUUUUUGAUAAUAAAAUGAAAACUAUUUAAAUCAUUAAAGCCUUAAUGAUUAUUAAAUAAAUAUGUUAAAAAUUUGGUACUAUUAUACCAAGUGAAUUCAGUAAUUAUGAAUUUAAUGACUCUACAGCAGAUACAAAUACAUAUUUCAAAUUAAAACUUGUUAGAAGUAGUUCUCGAAAUCCUUCAUUUAUUAAAUAAGUUCGCAGCACCAGUACUAUUUUCUUUGAAACCAAUAAUCUACCUUCACCUAUAAGAUUUACUCAUAAUAAUAAAAGAGUUUCUAUAUCUCCAAAUAAAACUAUGUUACAUUCUGAAUCAACUUAAUUUAAUUUAAUUGCAAAAAGAAAUACACAAUUAAUAAAACUUCCGUAAUAUUAUAUUCUUUAUUUAUUUAUUAGUCCAUUGUCCAAUUCUCCUGUCUAAAAAAGGCAAAGGAAAAGCAACUUAAAUUUUAGAUUGAAAUAGUAUUGA